CACUUAUUCAUUGUCAAACAGAAUUUUUCCACGUAAUGCGAGCGUGUGGAUUAAUCGGAUUCUUUUAAAAUUUAUUAAAUUAACGGGCUGCAGUUAACUAUGAUUUUAUAGAAAAUUUUCAAGAAAGUUAUUUAGCAACUUCUCAUAGCAAAGUUUCGGAAUUUCCGCGAGGAUGAGGACCUUAGGCCUCGUUCUGGUGGCCGCGUUGGCGAUUAGCGGUUGUUUUGGCGUGGAUAGGAAUAAUUUUAAGACUUGUGAACAGUCCGGGUUUUGCAAACGCCUAAGAGCGCUAAAGCCCGAAAAGUCGCAGUAUGUGUUGAAUCUAGACACCGUAAUAGUACACGGAAAUGUCCUGUCGGCGGAGGUCAACACAAUGGACUACGAAGGCGACAAGAAAGUCGUUUUGUGGCAUUAUGCCCUCCGACUGUCAGCGCUAGUGGACGGUACAUUCCGCAUUGAGAUUGAUGAGGCGGAUCCCCUGUAUCCACGCUACAGGACUCAGCUGGCGCUCGACGGGGAGCCCGCGGCUGACGGACUCCGGUUGGCGUCCAACGAAAACGGCAAGUUGACUCUUAUCAACACCCAGGGCCACAAGGUGGUCAUAACGGCGGACCCACUCAAGUUUGAAUUCCUCAAUCAGAAGGGAGAAGUUGCAGUUGUAGUGAAUGAGAAUUCCCAGCUGUUUGUGGAGCCGCUGAGAGUGCGCAAGGAGCGAGUUGAUGAUGAGGAUGGACAAGCUUUGGAUGUGGAGGACGAGUCGGCGUGGAGCGAAAAUUUCAAGACCCACCACGACAGAAAACCACGUGGAAACGAGGCGGUGUCGGUCGAUGUCAGCUUCCCUGACGCCGACCAUGUUUAUGGUAUCCCCCAACACACAGACCGCUUCUUCCUGAAGACCACGACAGACGGUGAGCCGUACAGGCUGUAUAACCUUGACGUGUUCGAAUACGAGCUGGACAGUCGCAUGGCGAUAUAUGGCGCCGUGCCUGUUAUGUAUGCACAUGGUUCAUCCCGAAGCGCUGGCGUUUUCUGGCACAACUCAGCCGAGACGUGGGUGGACGUGGUCAACUACGCCGAGGGCAACGUGGUCUCUUCCCUGGUCAACCUGGUCACGGGCGGCCAGAAGCGCAAGGUUGAUGCUAGAUUCAUGUCUGAGUCGGGCAUUGUGGAUGUGUUCGUGCUGCUGGGGGACAGGCCGGCAGACGUGUUCCGGCAGUACACGCGGCUCACGGGCGCCGCGCCGCUGCCGCCCAAAUUCUCGCUGGCGUAUCACCAGUCGCGUUGGAACUAUGUGGAUGAGGCGGACGUGCGCUCGGUCGACGAGAACUUCGACGCGCACGACAUACCGGCCGACGUGAUCUGGCUCGACAUCGAGUACACCGACCGCAAAAAGUACUUCACAUGGGACCCAGAGAAGUUCCCGCGCCCGGCCGAGAUGGUGGCCAACCUGACAGCCAAGGGCCGCAAGCUGGUGGUCAUCAUCGACCCUCACAUCAAGCGCGAGGCCGGGUACUUCGUGCACGAGGACGCCCAGGACAACAGCUACUAUGUCAAGGACAAGGACGGCAAGGACUACGACGGUUGGUGCUGGCCCGGCUCCUCCUCGUACCUGGACUUCUUCAACCCGGCCGCGAGCAAGUACUACGCGGAGAGAUACCGCUUCGAGAACUUCCCCGGGACCAGCAAGGACGUCCACUUCUGGAACGACAUGAAUGAGCCCAGCGUGUUCAGUGGACCAGAGAUCACGAUGCCCAAAGACAACCGCCACUACGCCCCACCAGUGGACGGCGCCGACGGGCUGUCGUCCUUCUGGGAACAUCGACAUGUCCACAACGAAUAUGGACUGUGGCACAUCAGAGCUACGAAGCAAGGAGCCAUGGACAGGACUAACGGGAAAUACCGCGCCUUCAUACUCACUAGAGCUACCUUCGCUGGAACCCAAAGGUACGCGGCGGUGUGGACGGGCGACAACAUGGCGGAGUGGGGCCACCUGGCGGCCACGGUGCCCAUGUGCCUGUCGCUGGGCGCCGCCGGCAUCUCGCACUGCGGCGCCGACGUCGGCGGGUUCUUCAAGUACCCCGAGAGCGAGCUCAUGACCAGGUGGUACCAGGCGGGCGCGUUCCAACCGUUCUUCCGCGCACACUCGCACAUCGAGACCAAGCGCCGCGAGCCCUGGUUGUAUGAGCCCGCCACUACCGCUUUACUGCGCGACGCUAACCGACGACGAUAUGCUCUAAUUGACUUCUGGUACACGCUGUUCUACGAACACUCCAUAGACGGCCUGCCCGUGAUGCGGCCGCUGUGGCAGGAGUUCCCUGAAGAACGAGACACGUACGCCAUCGAUGAUCAGUACUUGCUGGGUGACAAGCUGCUAGUCCGGCCGGUCACCGAGCCCGGGGUCUCCAGCGUCAAGGUGUACCUCCCCGGGAAGGACGCGCGCGUCCUCUGGUACGACGUGGACACGUACAAGAUGAUACCUGCGCAGGGGUAUUUGAACCAGGACGUCAAUAUUGCCAAGAUCCCGGUGUACCAGCGCGGCGGCAGCGUGGUGCCGCGUAAGGAGCGCGUGCGCCGCUCGUCCGCGCUCAUGGCCGACGACCCCUACACGCUCGUCGUAGCGCUCGACCACAACAACACAGCAACGGGCACGCUGUACAUAGACGACGGUGAGACCACCGACUAUACCGACAGCCAAUACAUCUAUGCCAAGAUCACAUACGAGCCGUCCGCCAUGACUUACAGUUUCGAUUCGCGGAAGAGUCCUCAUAACUCCGAAUUUCUUUCUGGAUUCAUUUUUGUCAACGAGAACGCCCAUUUCCCGACGCGGUCUUGGCUGGAACGCAUCGUGAUCGCAGGCAUCAAAACACCGCCAAAAACAGCAAAGUUACACCAAGAAGAAAAACAAACCGCGCUACAAAUGACUUUACACAAGGGCAACGACGUCCUUGUAGUGAGAAAACCAGGCGCGAGCAUGGCUAAACCAUGGAAAAUCACAUUUAGCUACUAAAUAGUACUACAUUUCUAAUCAAUAACACAUCAUUUUAGAUAUAACCUCAAAUAGUACAGUUAUGUGAAGGAAUUACUACGAACGAAAAGGCGGGAAAGUGGUUUCGGCGGGAAAGUGAUUUUGGCGGGAAAUAUAACGUUAUUGUUAUUUUAAAGUGUAGUGAAAUUCAACAUUGCCACAGAAUGUUUUCCAUUUAAUUAGUCAUUAUUAUGAAUAAAGAAUAUGAUGUACCUGUCUUGUAACAAUAAAGUUGUAUUUCCCAUGGACAAAUUGACUAUUAUAAUAGUAUAUGUGUCAUCUCUCUCACGCACAAUAAUGAUUCGAUGCAGUGCGAGUGAAACGGCAAUAGUUUUCAUGUUUUAGUUAUUCCUUCGCGUAGGAUUUUUGCGGUCUAUUCAUUAAGUUUGUUUUUAUUUGUUAAAAUUGUUAUCUUUUGUAAGACAAACAUUAUUUUAAAAAUUACAAUAUUUUGGAAAGUUCUCGAUCAAUGACCGAUUUCGUCGCGUCAGCGUUAUUACUGAGCCGCCAAAUGUUUCAUAUUUCUACUGUCCACCCUUUUACAGAUUCGCCGUGAAGAUAGAUUUAAUGUUAACAAAUAAAGUAACUUGUUGAAUAGACUUAAGUUUAUAUUAUUAUUAUUCAAUAUAAAUGGUAUCAGUGUACUUUUGUACUAUUUGUGUAUGAAGUCCUUUGCCAGUGUUAAAUAGACAUUACUACAUAAUCGUACAUAUGGUCGUAUGUAGCCAAAUAAUAUGAUGUGACAGAGAUUUUCUAAAAUCCGCAAGAAUAUAAGCUCAUAGACUAUACGCGAUGGGAAAUAAAAUAGCUCAUAUAUAAGAGAAGAGUGAUUCGAAUCAUUCAGGGGGGUUAUAAAAGCCACAUCGAAACAAUUCAUCUAAAAAAGCAAUAUUGCAAUUUGACAUUUGCGCAUAUAAAAGUAAGUGCGCAAUGCAAACAAAUGUCAAGUAGCAAUAUUGCUUUCUAAGGAUGAAUUGCUUCGAUGUGGCCAUUUUAACCCUCUAGAUCCUGUUUUAGCACAGUAGCUCUCAGCUCAGUACGUCACUGUCUAUAGUUCUGCAAGUAAAUAUAAGCCUUACAAGUGCAGUUUUAGCGUUCAUUAUAAAAUACCCGGUAGGUGUUGUUUACAAGCAACAUCGAUCUCGCUUACUCUUGUGCUUUGAACAUUUGUUGUCUCUGUCGUUUAAAGUGUCUAUAAGGCGGUGAGUUAGUGAGGGAAAGAGUUACUGAAGAUCCAGCUCUUUUAAAUCGCUCACUCGCGAGCUACCCAUCGCUAUAAAAUCAAGUCAAGUAUUCGAGGUUUGGUCGAUAUACCUGAAUGUAUUUAAUAAGAAUUGUUCAAAAUAUAUAUCGAUAAUAAUAAUUUGUUUUGGGUUUUUUCACCUUUUGGUAGUAUGCAUGUAAAAACGUAAUGGGUGAACGUUAUAUUAAUAUUUAUAUGUAUUUUUUAUUCUGUGAUGGCAGUGUGGAAUUAUUUAUAAAAUUAAUGUUCGGAAAAAUAUAUCAUUUUGCAGAACAUUUUAUAUAUUUUUCCGACGAAUAUUACGGAUGUUGAAAUAUAUUUUAAGUAUAGGGUCUACUAUAUGAAAUUGAACUUUAAGAUCAAGUACCAUAAGGGUAAAUGCCCAGCAGUGGGCUAAAGACUGAUGAUAUAACACGCGCGCAUUUAAAUGCUAGAUUUUGAAUAGGCACAAUGUAUAAAAGUCCUUGAGCGACGCUUUGACUAUAUAAUAUUUAUAUUUGAUGUAUAAUUUUGUAUAGUAGGUCUCUAGAAAGUAUAGACGUGCGUUUUCAAAACUUUGAAGCAACUAUCUUAGCAUUUUACAUGUAUGGGGUAUGUUCAAUUAAUGGCACUUUUCAUACUCAAAUUGAUAAAUAUAUUUGGGGUCGAACGUCUCAUCGGCCUAAAACUACUGCAGCUUCUCACAACCUGUGUAGCUGAGGAAAAGUAAAAGCAACAAAAACCUCGGUCAUAAAACAUACGCCAUUUCCCUACAGUGAAGCAGUUAGGAUGCUCCAUAGGUAUAAAGUAAUUAUUUGUACAAUUGUCUUGAAAACGCAUACUUCAACAUUCGAAUCCUAUCUUGUAUAUUGUGUACUCAAAUCGUUCACUGAUUUUAUUAUAUUACUUUUAAGUAGGAACAAAAAUCCACGAUUCUGUUUAUUGUAUAUUUGGUGUGUGAUGGAGGAAUGUUAUCAUUUCUUGUGAUAAUAAAACACAGUUUUAAACAA